UCAAAAGCUAAUACACACGCAGCUUUUAGAUUCGUUUGCGGGCUGACCGGAAAGUGAAAAAGUGGAGUGAGAAAGAGAUAGCGGCUAAUCCAACAGCAGCAUCCACUAUCAGAGAUCUAGAUCCCAACCUCAAGAUCUUCCCAACUCAGGUCUUCCAGGCAUACUACUAACAGAAUCAUGUCAAGAAGGCCCUCCCGACGUCUCGCAGAUGGUGGGAAUAUUUCAUUCAUCAGCUCUUUGCAUUCCAAAACAAGCUCAUCGCCUUUAUUAUCUCUUGGACUUGUGGUUGUGGGUUCAUUUCUUGUUAUUGGAUAUCUGUACAGUGGUUCAGGUGGAUCUAGGAGUGAUAUAGAAGCUGCAAGUAAACUUGAAGGUGGUGUUUCAUGCACAGUAGAAGUUCAGAGAGCAUUGCCUUUUCUGAAGAAAGCAUAUGGUGACAGCAUGCGUAAAGUAUUGCAUGUAGGCCCUGAGACUUGUUCGGUGGUCUCUAAAUUGUUAAAAGAAGAUGAUACUGAAGCAUGGGGCGUGGAACCGUAUGACUUGGAUGAUGUUGACGGAAACUGCAAAAGUCUUUUGCGCAAAGGCAUUGUGCGGGUGGCUGAUAUCAAGUUUCCUCUACCCUACCGGUCAAAAUCAUUUUCUCUUGUCAUAGUGUCAGAUGCAUUAGACUAUCUCUCUCCAAGGUACCUUAACAAGAGUCUGCCAGAGUUGGCGAGGGUAUCUGCUGAAGGUUUUGUUGUUUUUACAGGUUAUCCAGGUCAGCAUAGAGCUAAAGUGGCCGAGCUAUCCAAAUUUGGUCGUCCAGCCAAGUUGCGAAGCUCAUCUUGGUGGAUAAGGUUUUUCGUACAGACCAGCUUGGAAGAGAAUGAGGCUGCUACUAAGAAGUUUGAGCAGGCUGCAACAAAGAGAUCGUACAAGCCAGCCUGCCAAGUUUUCCACCUCAAAUCAUACCGUUGAAAAUCUCAGAAUCAUAUGACUUGGUGAAAACAAUGCCAACAAGUGACUUUACUUCCCAUAGAGUUCAUUUAUAUUUGGUGGAAAUCAUAUAUAUUUUUUUUCUUUUUAAAUCAUGUGACAGUAAAUAUAUGUUGGGGAAGAUUGUGAAUUAGCCUCUCUGCUAAGAUAAGAAUGUGUUGCUUUAGGUUCUUGCUCCCCAAUGCCGGAGCCUGUUGUAGCUACAAUUAUAGGUCUUCUUAGCAUGGUCAGACCCCAUUGUGUAGUUUUGAUUAGUAUAAAGAACUAAUCAGUAUUUCUUUUAUGAUGUGGUUGAAUUUUUUAUUUUAUUUAUGAAGGGAUUUGUAGAGAUAAAAGAAAUUGAAGAAAAAAGGGAGAAAAAAAAAAUUAGCCUUUUCUUUUCACAAA